AUGUCGAACAAAGACAUUCAAAGGAGCCUAUGGACUACCCUACGGCGUUAUAAGGGGAAGUGUAAGCCUAUAUGCGCUUGA